AUGGUAUACCGCAUACCCAGCCUGCGUGGUACGAGUAACAACCUCAUCUUUCCUGGUGACUUCGAGGGUAUGCAGAAGUCUGCAGUGGGUUUUGCACGUCAUGAUAGUUACGCAUAUCAGACCACCGGUGAGGCAGUCGUUUCUGGAGCUGCAACCUUGUGCUCAUCACCAGGGUGGUUGCAAACGCGCAAUGAUAUGCGGAGUUGGAGGACCAGACUCGCAGGUACUUUGGUCAACGUACCUUGGACAGACUUUCAAUCGCAGGAAGCUUUUGCUGACAGGCGCAAAGUUGAGUACGGCAGGGCUCUGUGCAUCCAGAGCAACCUUGUCAAUUAUCCGGAUGUGAAUGCAAAUGCGGGUAACAAUGACAAGGACUCACGCCAGCUUUCCAGCACCAGCCUCUUUUUCCUCUCCGCCGGGAUCAUCACCUGGGAAAAGUCACAGCCACAACUUGGAAGACUUGGAUACACUCAUGCGCGGCCGGUAGAUGCCCAGCAGCAUGCCCCAGUCAUGAUUUGCUGGCAUCGGGCGGACAGCAGCCGCUCGCGCAGCCCGGCACCCGCUCGUUUGGUCCAAAGUCCAACCACCCACCUCUUUUGA